ACAAUUGGGGUAGUUAGAAUAAAAUACUAGUAUACUACUAUAAAGUAGUUGAAUAAUAUUGGGAGGAACAUGGAAAGAUAAAAACUAAAAAGCAUCCCACCAGUCCUCUCACCCACCUACCCCUCUCAAAAUUGGCCAGAACCCAUACUAUGUUGAAUUUAUCAAUGAAAAUCCGUGGAAUUUACGUCUCUUCUCAUCUUAUCUGAAAAUCUAAUCCGAACAAAAGGCUCCUGACGGCAUCAUUCCAGUUGGCGAUCAAGUUUGUUUGGAAUUUGGAUGGAGUACCCACCACCACCGCCGCCGCCAUCAUCAAAUUUGAUAAAGACUGAGAGUGUGGAUGCUACCCUCCAUGCAAUUGGGUUUGAGCUUGAAGACCUGUCGCCGGAGAAGGUCACCGGCCGUCUCCAAGUCACCCCCAAGUGUUGUCAGCCAUUCAAGGUGUUACACGGAGGGGUGUCAGCUCUAAUAGCAGAGGCACUGGCGAGCAUAGGAGCCCAUCUGGCAUCGGGGCUGCAAAGGGUGGCCGGGAUUCACCUCAGCAUCAACCAUCUCAGAACUGCCCAGCUUGGCGACCUUGUCAUCGCCCAAGCCAACCCUAUUAGCGUUGGCAGAACCAUCCAGGUGUGGGAGGUACGACUCUAUAAGGCUGAUCCUUCAAACUUGGAGAGCAAACAUUUGAUAUCAUCAUCAAGGGUCACUCUUCUAUGCAACAUGCCUGUGCCAGAGCAUGCCAAAGAGGCUGGUGAAAAUCUCAAGAAGUACGCUAAAUUAUGAUAAUGGAUCUGUGUUUUUUUAGCACUUUCUGGAACAACAGUAUAUCAAGAUGCAUGUACCCUCAUUUAGCACUCAAAGGUUGUCUCAAGGAUCAGUCGCUGUUGUAGGCUUCUUGAUUUUGUGAUCAAUCCUUACAGUAGUACUACAAACUGCUCCCAAAAGUUAAUUACACUAUAUAAUUCUGGUAGUAAAAGUUUCUUAUCUUCUAAA